UUAAGAUUGAAUGAACCAGAAGCUACAAAACUAGUAGUAGUAUUUUACUGGCAAAUUGCAGAAAAUAUAAUAUGAACUAAAAGAAGAAUUGAAAAGAAUCCCCUUGGAUUACUCUAUAAGAGGCCAAGGGAGAUGACAAACUAGGGCAUAUUGAGCUUCAUCCAGCUUGCACGGAGAAAAUGAGUAACCUAAAAAACAAGUGGUUUUUCGCCAUUGUGAUACUCUUCCUAGCUGGUCUAACGGAGAUCAAUGGAGGAGAGCUCAUAACAUGCACCAAUAAGAAAAGCAAAUGCUUUCUGAAACCACUGUAUUGCCCUGCAGAAUGCCCAUCAAAAUCUCCAAGUGACCCGAAGGCUAAAGUUUGCUAUGUCAACUGUAAUUCCCCGGUGUGCAAGCCUGAGUGCAGAAACAGGAAGGCGAAUUGCAAUCAACCCGGAGCAGCAUGCUUGGAUCCUCGCUUCAUUGGUGGAGAUGGAAUUGUGUUUUACUUCCAUGGCAAGAGCAAUGAGCAUUUCAGCUUAGUUUCAGAUCUUAAUCUCCAGAUUAAUGCCCGUUUCAUUGGCUUGCGACCUGCUGGUAGACCCCGAGACUACACAUGGAUUCAAGCUCUUGGAAUACUCUUUGACAUGCAUGCUUUCUCAGUGGAGGCUACCAAGGCAGAGUCUUGGGACGACGAAGUUGAUCAUCUGAAAUUCUAUUAUGACGGAAAAGAGUUAGGCUUACCAGAAGGCUAUCCAUCUAUAUGGGAAUCUUCUGAAAGCGGCAUCAAGGUAGAAAGAACUGCGAGCAAGAACGGUGCUUUUAUCACACUACCAGAAGUGGCAGAAAUUUCAGUAAAUGUAGUACCUAUUACCAAGGAAGAUGACAGGAUCCACAACUAUCAGUUACCUUCUGAUGACUGCUUCGCUCACCUGGACGUGCAGUUCAGAUUCUAUGGCCUCUCAACGAAGGUUGAAGGCAUUCUUGGCCGGACUUACCAGCUAGACUUCAAAAAUCCAGCAAAACCAGGUGUUGCAGUGCCCGUAGUGGGAGGUGAAAAGAAGUACAGAACUUCAACCCUUUUGUCUUCCAAAUGUAAUUCCUGUAUCUUCUCUCCAGCUGGAGUUUUGAAAGAAUCAGACCCCCUAGUCAUGGAUUAUGGGACUUUAGAUUGUACUGCAGGAUCAAGCGGUGGCCAUGGAAUAGUUUGCAGAAAAUGAGCACCCAAUUGGGAUAUUAUUUCUUUUGUCAGUUGCAGAUAAUAAAAUACAUGAUUUUCAGUUCUUAUUUAGGCUAUGUUUAUUCCAUAACCAAGUUUCUUUCCUCAAGGGCACAUGAUACAGACAUGUCCUAGUUCAAAAUUACAAAUUUGUAAUCUGCAAAUGUGUAUCUAAGAUUUCAAACAAACUUUUCAAGAAUGACUUAUGAAAAAGUGCUACAAUUGAAUACACUAAAAGAGUUGCUAAGAACUUAAUAAUUAGGCCAAUAUUGCAUCAGAGUAAACUAUAGAAAUUAGAAGCAUAUGAUAUAAAAGGUCUAACAUAACAGAUGAAUCAGAUUUCCCACAUACUAAUAACUAGAUGUUUAGAAUCCCGCGACACAACUUUUAUAGAGGAUUAGUGUAUGCAAAAUAGAAAAUCUGGGUUCAACUGAACUGUUUCAUACCACUUAAGAUGGCAGCUCCAUCUAUAAUAGUCGAAGCAGAUUCCGAACAUGGAGGUUAUCUCACAACAACGAUCAGUUUAAGAGAGCAUCGUUAAUCAGCAGUAACAGCAUGACAAACUCAGCCACCAUCAGAAGAUAAUUCAGCAGAAGUGCUGCAACAAUUGAUUAAUAUUGUUUCUCUCUACAUCACUGAUUACGAAGCUUUGACAAUUUAUAGUCAUGACAUCUAUGAGUAAAAGAGGCAACUCUAUCACCUAUGUAAUAGUUCAUACAAGGUUACAACUCUUAGUAUUACAAAGACAAAUUUCAAUGGAUGCCCAGCUCCACCAAUCAUUUACAGUACAUACCCGAGCAUUUAUUAGGAAAAAUGACCCAAAUACUAUGAAUGAAAAGAUUUUUAAAUCACAUUAAUAUUUUGUUGAAGCCACAAAAUAAAAAUUAUGGGAUGUCACAUACACCAGAGACUGUUCCUUUUCACCUUCCCCGUGGAUUUAC